CUUUUUGUGACCGAGAGUUGCAACAGACGGUAAGACACAGGGUGGAUCAGCGAAGUGACAAAAGAAAAUUGGAUUGGCCGGGCACCGACCGAACACCGCUUUAAUUCUGCUCAACGAUUAACUGGCAAACACUUCGGGUGGCGGCAGUCAACAGCGCCUCGUUUCUUAAACGCAAACACUUUUUGCAUUCACAUUUCUUGCUGUCUCCUUCGUUCUCGUCCUUUAAAUUCAGUCAGGUCUCGUCCUUUCUCCGCUUUUCCUCAGCCUUUUUCCUUCUCCAAAACAACGAAAAUGUCGGACGUCCAAGCCAUAGUGAAGGAAUUGUCAGAGACGGCUGAUAUUGGAAGGUUUAUGCUAUUGAUAAGGCAAUUUGUGAAAGUGAAAGCUGAGGACCUGAGCCUUGAUGCGAACAUUUUGGGUGGGGCUUCUGUCUGGAUUAGUUCCCGCUUUCCAGUAUACUCAACCAGAUUUACCAUUAGCGAAGGUCGGGCAAAGCUUUUCGAAAUGGAACUUGGCGCAGGUGAAGCGUUACUAUCAAAUACGCUCCCUGCCAAGAGAAGAUGAAUUCCAAAAGCUGCAAUUUAGAGUACCACUGCCGAAAUCUCUAAUAUCAAGAAUGAUGAUUGCGAUGGAUGACGCCAGCUAUUCGCUUGGAGAUUUGCGAGAAGGGAAAGAAAUCAAGAAGGUUUUCGCGACAUUUUCGGUUAGGAACGCUUGCCAUUUCCUACUCAUGUGGCAUAUACUGAAUUGUCACCUCUGUAACAGUUAUUUAGUGGGCUCGUAGCAC